UUUCAUCGGUAACUCUUUUCUACUCCUGCAGGGAUGGCAUCAGAGGAGUUUGUCCGCGGGAUGCUCUACCUGUCCCUCACUGUUGUGGGAGUCCCCGGUAAUGCCACCGUCAUCCUGGCAUUCCUCCUCCUGCUCUACCAGGAGAACCGCCUCCUCCCAGCUGAUGUCAUCGUCCUACACCUGGCUUGUGUCAACUUCCUAGUGGUUGGAGUUCGCUGUCUGCUGGAGACCCUCGCGUCCUUUCGCCUGGCCAUCAUCUUCGGAGACAUCGGCUGCAAGGCUGUGAUCUUUGUCUACAGAACAUCCCGUUCCCUGUCGAUCUGGCUCACCUUCGUCCUGAGUGCCUACCAGUGCCUCAGCAUCGCCCCUCCUGGAUCACGCUGGGCCUCCGUCCGUGCCGCCGUUGCAAACUAUUUGGGCUUUGUGUUCCUUUUCCUUUGGCUCCUCAACACUUGCAUGAGCUCUGCAGCCAUACUCUUCUCCUUCGGCACCAAAAACGACUCCAGUACAACAAGCCACAGCAUCAACGUACAAUUCUGUUACGUCAACUUUCCUUCAAAGUUGUCCAAAGAGGCAAACGGGGCGGGCCAGGUCGGCAGAGACGUGGUGCCCAUGGCCCUCAUGACCUUAGCCAGUCUGAUAAUCCUGGUCUUCCUUUACAAGCACAGCCAGCAGGUUAGGGGACUUCGCAGCAGCAGUAGUGGCGGCGGCGGGGGCAGUGGUGCCGAGCAACGUGCUGCCAAAGCCGUGGUAGCACUUGUGACCUUGUAUGUGGUUCUUUAUGGGGUAGAUAAUGGGCUCUGGGUGUACACACUCACUGUGAGGAAGACCAUGACUUCCUCGCUGAUCUCUGACCUGCGUAUAUUCUUCUCCUCGCUGUACGCUGCACUGAGCCCCGUGGUUAUCAUUGCAUCUAACAGGAAGGUGAAUGGCAGGCUGAGGUGUGCCAUACAAGAGAAGGCUAUUCAAGAGAAGGCCACGAGUGUUUCUAGCAUGUGAGUCCUGCUGGGAGGGCUGAUUACUGACUGAAAGGGCAGCAGAGGAAGAUGAUGAGGACUGAAGGGCAGGCAAUACAGGUGAAUAGGGUAAAAAUGUUUACAUAGAGAUGUCACCAUGAAACUUCCCAGAUUGAUCACUUAUAAUCAGAUAAUUAUUUUUUUGUUUUACAAGUUUUCUGAAAUGUUUAAAUAUGCAAAUUAGACAAUAUCUCAUUGGUUUUGUGCUGAUUUGAAAAAAAUGUUUAACGCCAGAAGGAAUUUUGGAUACU